UGGCCGGUACUCACUCGAAUCUUCGUGUUGGGACAUUACUUCAAUAAGGUUUAUGUGUGGGUAAUAAAAUCAAAAGAUGAAAACGGAUUCAAAAUAAAGGCGCUUUAAAAUAGGCCUAAGUUUCAAGAUUUUACUUUCGUCACCGUACCACUGCCGUUUACUGGCUCCUAAAUCAUUGCUGUCGUGCGUGACAAAUCAUAAGAUACCUAACAUGUUUACGAAUAAAUAUGUUUAGCGGGCCGUAUAAAUUCCUACCACUGGAAGGAACGGAUCACUGCUUUGAACACUGGCAUCCGAGAAACAGGUAGCAAUCGGCAACAUGGAAUCACCUCCCGGAACAUCGAAUGACAUCGAGAAAAUGGAGAAGAAUAUUGAUGAAAAGAAGGAUGGUUUUAAAAAACGACAGAAAGUGAAUGUAUUUCUGUGUGCAAUCGGUGUAAUGUUGGUAAUUGUGAUCAUUGUGUCGCUUAUCAUGAUGGGACCACUCAGGCCACCGCCUUAUGAUAAAGACGAUUCUGCGAUAGCCAAUCGAAAAAUUACGAUCAAAUUAGAAGACUCACGUGACGAAGUAGAUGGAAAGGGGCAGAUCGAUCACCAAAAUACAACUCCAAGUACGUUUUUUUUUUUUUCAUUUCAUUUUUUUAGGCAUGAGCGCCAAGGAUAUGCCAAAUAAGUGAACUUAAUCACU